UUUAUUCAGGAACAACACGAAACUCGGAACACUUAAACAAGUCUGGUAAUAAAUUUAAACUAAAACUUAAGGAAGUAAGGCUUAAAUCAAUUCGCUUUAUGUGCGAUCCGCCAAAAAUUGUUAAAAUUUUAAGUUAGGUUAGUUUUUGUCAUGGCGUCUUUUAAGUGUGUUUUAAUGAUAAUAAUAUUUCUGAUCUGCGGUUGUGCGGCAAAAGAGUAUAACAUCUUCUGUCAAUAUGAUUUGGCCUCCUACUAUUUCAAAGAACGCAGUCAGUUUCUUGACUGGAACGUGGACUCCAGGCUUUGCACUCACCUGGUCAUUGGUUCCGGCUUAGGUAUUGACGAAGAGACCGGAAAACUGAAGAUCACUGACAAUAAUCUGCUCUUGGAGAAGAACAUGCUGAGCAGCGUUAAAAAUAUGAAGAGUGACAGUAUUAAGAAGGUGAUGUUCACCGUCGGUGGAUGGCAAGAAGAGUCCAAGCUGUUUUCCAGAAUGACGGCGACCCCAAACACGCGGGACAACUUCUACACCUCGAUGAUAGAGUUCAUGUACGAGUGGGGAUUCGAUGGUGUGCAGAUAGAUUGGCGCUAUCCCACGCAACGCGGCGGACAGUCAGAGGACCGGAAGAACUUUGUACUCCUGCUGGAGGAGCUGGGAUUAAUCUUUCGAGAGCACAAGUUUAUCCUUAUGGUAGCUGUGCUGGGACGGUUGAACAAACGAACCCUGGAAAGCUAUAACAUCCCCGAGAUAGUAAAGAAUUCCGACUUCGUCCAUCUGAUGCUGCACGACGAGCGGGAUUCGUACCGCCUGCGCCUGGGUUACAAUGCUCCGCUCCGUGGGAAUGAAAAUAGCGUAACAGAUGCCAUUAAUCAUUGGAAAAGGCACGGAAAGUCCCCGGAGAAGCUCAUCCUGAGCAUCCCGCUAUUUGUGCGCUCCUACACCAUGGAUAAAAACCAGACGGCGGUAGGAUCACCAUGCAGAGGACCCGGCAACCAAACUAUGGUAUCCCGCCGAGCAGGGUUCAUGACCUACAACGAGUGGUGCGUGCAGGAGUUCAGCUGGACGAGGAAGUUUGACAAGGUGGCCAAGGUGCCCUACGCCAUGAGGGGAGAUCAGUGGGUGAGCUACGAGAACGCGCAAAGCAUUUGGGCCAAGAUGCAUCUGCUGCAGAAGCAGAAAAUGGGCGGCGCCAUGGCCUGGACCAUCGACGUAGACGACUUCCGGGGAGCUUGUGGCGAGCGCCAUGGGUUACUUCGCGUAAUCUUCUCGGCGCUAGGAGACCAGAAUGCCCUUACCACCGAAAAGCCCACCACCGAGGUGGCUGGACUGUGCCCACAUGAUGGAUUUUGGCGCGAUGGUUGGGAUUGCCGGCUGUACUACGAGUGUCGCAAUGGGGAAAGGAUCUACUACGAGUGCCCCGAGGGUCAGUACUUCGACGAGUCCCAGGUCAAGUGCCGACCCGCCGCUGAGGUCAAGUGUGAUAAGAAAUUCGUCAUUUGGCGACCGGGCAUGCCCGUUUACAACUUUAAAAACAUGCCGAUAAACCUCAAGAUCGUUGACUAGAUCCCAUUAAUAAAGAUUUUGGUUAGAAAAACAAA